GUACUAAUGUAGGACCGGACCGGGCCCGACAGGCGCGGCGCGAUCGAGAGGAGGGAGCUCGCGUUGUCCCUCGCGCCCUGGCCUGAGUCUGAGACAAGUUCAACUGAACUUCAACUUAAGUCUUGUUAUUACUUCCUCCUCCGCUCAUGGGAGUACAUCUGCAUGUGGUAGUCUGCGAUAAUAAUUUGAGAAAUGACUUUGACUCUUUGAAUUUGAUACAGCAAGAAAUUGUCAGUAGGGAUUCCAGUCGCGGUAAAUUUCAAUCAUCAAACAACAGAAACAACACAGUUUUGUUUUGCGCGCGCCGAUCCAGCCGGCCGACCGGAUGUGUGGAAAAGCCUUUUGACCUUUGGAUUGAUCGCUGAUUCCGCCUCAACAAUACUCGAUGAAUAUAUGAAAGAAUAAUGGAUCUGCUGAAAGAAGAGGUGGCUGCUGUGAAAGAAGAACAAUCAGAGGACAGGGCACUGGAUGGAAACCAGACUAACGAUCAUGGAGAUGAAACUCCAAAUCUGAAUAGUUCAGCGAAUGAAAAGCCUCAGUUGGUCACAGAAGAUUGCAAUACAGACACCAGCCCUAAGGAAAAGGAUACUGAACCAGAACAGAUCGGAGCGGGGAAUGACCAAGUAUCAAGCGAUGCAAAGACCAUUGAGGACUCUUCUGUAGCUGUGGAUGACGGGAAAGAUGCUGUUACUGCAUCCAAGGAUUGUGAAGAGCAAGCGCACGAUGAUGGUGUGAAGGAUAUGAAUAAAGGCAGUGACUCUCAGUCGGACAAGUCAGAUAAGGAAACCAUUGCUCCCAUUCCAAUACCUAUGCCAAAAGUUUCAAAAGAAAUUUCAAUAGAAUGCGACAAAGAAAAUGCUACUUUACGUAAAGAAGAGAAAGGAGGUGACACUGUAGUUGAUGAUAAGCAGUGCAAAUCUGAAGCACAGUACAGUAAAGGGGAUACAAAGUCUGAUGGGGUUGCUAAGGCAGAACAGAAAUCUUUGGCAGCUGACACAACCAUUGUCAAAGAAAAUAAGCAAAGUGAAGAUAAGCCUAAGAAAUCAGCUGAGGACAGACCAGGGAAAGUCACUGGUGGUCAAGGCAAUGCAGAAACUGACCCACCCAAUAAAGAACGCGGAGGAAAGUCCUACUCUGCCCAACGUUCUGGCAGCAGAACUGGCAAGAAGGUAGAAGAGGAACCGAAAAAGUAUGGGAAGGUUUCUGCUGAAGUGAAGGCUUCUGAUGGGAAAAGUGGAUAUGAUGAUAAGAAGGGAGGGCAGACUGGACAUAGGAGAGGGAAAGAAAGUGAUGUUAGGAGUGAAAGAGGUAACCAGAGAGCCAGGGACAGAGAUAAGCCAAGAGGAGACCCUUAUAAAGACAAAACAUCUUCUGAAAGAAGAAGAGAAACUGAUUCCAGAGGAUCAAGAAGACGAGAAGAAGAUCAUCACAAAUCAAGGGGGAGGGAGGAGAGGAUGAAGGAAGAUGAGGAAAAAAGAAAGAAGGAAGAUGAAGCCAGAAAGAUACAGGAAGAAAUGAAGAAAGCAGAAGAUAAAGUGAAAAGGGAAGAGGAGAAAAAGAGGCAAGCCGAAGAGCAGAAACGUCUGGAUGAAGAAAAUGCAAAGAAGAGAGAGGAGGAAGAAGAGAAACAUGCAAGGGAUACUCAUGCCGAGGCACUGGAGAGGAAGCAGGCUAAAAUGGCUCUUAGAGCAAAGAAUCUUUCUGCAGCUUCUGAGAGACCUGAUGAAGAUUCCUUUGUCAAGCUAGACUCCAGUCUCAAGAAAAACACUGCAUUUAUUCGAAAACUGAAAACUUUGAGUGAGCAGCAGAAAGAUUCCCUGACCAAGGAAUUCCAGGGGCUCAACCUGACCAAGUAUGUCGGAGAGGCUGCCAUAGCCUUCAGCGAAGCCAAGCUCAAGAUGUCUGACAUUGCCUCUGCUGUUCACCUGUGCUCUCUGUUUCAUACUCGCUAUGAGGAGUUCUCCUCUCAGUUGCUACAAGGACUACAGAGGGUGCUCCCUGCUCCAUCCAAAAAAGAGGACAAGGAGAACAAACAGCAGGUUGUAUUUGAUAACAAGAUCAGAGUUGAACUACGUUUCCUUGCUGAGCUUAUUGUCAAUGGGAUUUUCACCGAGAAGGAAGGACUGCCUCUUCUCAACAACCAGCUAUCUGCCAUCAUGAAAGGAGAUAGGGAGAAUCAUAAUUAUAUCACCAUCAUCAUCAGCUUCACCAAACAUUGUGGAGAAGAUUUUGCAGGGAUCAUCGCUAGGAAGCACAGGCUGCUGGCAGAAAAGUAUAACCUUGAGUUAGUAUCAAGCGAGGUCUUCUCUACCCAGCUCCAGACAGCUUACAAGAAUCUACUGAAGGACCACUAUGGAUCUCUUUCCAAGUAUCUUGAAAGACAACAUAAGGAUCUACAGAAUAUGGAGAGACAGAACAGAAGGACACUGCAGAAUAAAGGUGAGCUCAGUGAAGAGAGAAGGAAGAAACACGAGGACAAGCUGGCCGCUUAUCAGAAGCUACUCAUGAAUACAUCAACGAUGGCAGACUUGUUGGAUGAAGACAUGCCUGAUCUACCAGUGGAAGAACUUAGCCAAACUGAGCUAGAGUUAAUGGCUAUUGAUAUGAUGAGAACAGAUGGGCAGCUGUCCGAGUUUGAUUGGGCUAACUCACUCUGGGAAGACGACGAUACUCGUACCUUUCACGAAAACCUCAUCAAUCUUAGAACCAUGGUUCCAGCUAUUCUAUUCAAAGAUACAGAUAAUACAUCCAAUCAGAGACCUGGAGAUAAAGAAGAUGACAAGCUUGAUAAGUUAGAGGAUGAUAUCAAAGCUCUGGAAAUCGAAGCGGACGAAGAGGAAGCAGCCAUUGAAGAAGGAGAAGUAAUCGUAGAAGAGGAAGAGGAAGCAGUGGAAGAAGAGAUGGAAGGAAAGGCUGGAGAAGAGCUGGUUCUAGAAGAAAUAGAAACAGCCGAUGGCGAUGACGAUGCUGAAGAAGGAGAGCAGAUCAGCAAUGCCACACUGAAGAUGUUGAUGGAUGCGUACAUCAACGGACUACCACAUUGUGUCAACAGGGAUCACAUAGACAAGUCUGCCGUUGAUUUCUGCCUGAAUCUGAACACCAAGGCCAACAGGAAGAAACUUGCCAAAGCUCUCUUCAAUGUACCAAGAGUGAGGUUGGAUCUUCUUCCUUUCUACUCACGGCUGGUAGCUACCUUGUAUGUAUGUAUGCCCGACAUAGCAACAGAUCUUGUAGAAAGACUCAAAUCAGAAUUCAGAUGGCAUGUGAGGAAGAAAGAUCAAAUGAUGGUGGAAUCCAAGAUCAAAGUGUCAAGAUUCAUUGGUGAACUUACCAAGUUCAAAAUGUGUUCUAAGGCUGACACCUUACAAUGUCUGAAGAGCCUGAUACAAGAUUUCCGUCAUCACAACAUUGACAUGGCUUGCGCCUUGCUGGAAAGCUGCGGAAGGUUUCUCUAUCGCUCGCCAGACUCUCAUCUCAAGACCAAUGCUCUCCUGGAACUGAUGAUGCGGAAGAAGAGCAAGAUGCACCUGAAUGAAAGACACAGCACGAUGAUAGAGAAUGCUUUCUUCUACUGCAACCCACCUGAAGUCCUCAAGGUUGAGAGGAAAGUGCGGCCACCGAUGCACGAGUAUAUACGCAAGCUACUCUACAAGGAUCUCUCUAAGGUAUCGGUGGAGAAGGUCUUGAAGCAAAUGAGGAAGCUACCUUGGGACAACCAACAGAUCAAGCAGUAUGCGGUGAAAUGUUUGAGCAGUGUGUGGAAUCUGAAAUACAACAACCUUCAUUGUUUAGCAAACCUACUGGCAGGACUGGUUCUCUACCACGAUGAUGCCGGCAUACAGGUGGUGGAUGCCAUCUUGGAAGAACUCCGCAUUGGGAUGGAGAUAAACCACCCCAAGUACAACCAACGUCGAGUGAGUGUUAUUAAGUUCCUAGGAGAGCUCUACAACUACCGUAUGGUGGAGUCAAGUGUGAUCUUCAAAACCUUGUACUCCCUACUUAGGUUUGGAGUUGUCCUUGAGGAGGCAGGAAGUCCCUUUGAUCCACCAGAGCAUCUCUUUAGGAUACGUUUGGUCUGCACCAUGCUUGAUACGUGUGCUCAGUUCUUUGACCGGGGCUCAAGCAAGAAGAAGUUAGAUUGUUUCCUAGUCUACUUCCAGCAAUAUAUCUUGUACAAACGAGGCCUGCCGUACUGGACUGCCGACGGCCACCCAUUCCCGAUGGAUGUUGACAAUGCCAUCUCCGAUUCCAUCGAAGUUCUCCGACCCAAGCUGAAGCUCCUGGGAUCCCUGGAGGAGGCUAACAAGGAGGUGGAGCAGCUGGAGAAGGAUCAGAUACAGAGAUUCUCAUCUGUGUUGCCAGAGGUUCAUCUGACCAUUGUCCAGCCACCAACGGGAGGUCAGGGGUUGAUGCCUAUCAUGGAGAGUAAUGAGGAUCAAUCCAACUUAUCUCAAGGCAUGGACUCUUCUAUGUCACUGAAUGACGACGAUGAUGAAACUUCGGACGGGGAAGACGAUGGACGUGGGAGGAGGGCAGGAAUAAACAGCGCCUCCAAUAGUCAGAGUCAGAAUACAGGAGAAGAGCAAGAGCAAGAAGAGAUGUAUGGUGACUAUGAAGAAAGUUUGACACUAGAUUCGGCUGGAGAGAUUGAGGAAGAUGACAAUGUGACCGUGAUUACAGGAGGCCCUAAGCUGUUACAAUGCGAUGAGGAUGAAGACUUCACUGCUGCUUUUGAUAAGAUGCUCUCUGAAAAUAUUCAGCAAAGAAAUGCCGAAUCCAUGAAAGUCACUCAGCUGGACAUCGGAGUACCUCUUCACAUCAAGGCUCGGACAGCCCUGAAGCCGCUGAACUUCAACCCCUUCCAGUCCUCGGCUGUGGAAGAACCGGAGGAUCCUGGGACGGUGAACUUUGUGCUGAUGACCCGCAAGGGAAACAAGCAGCAGUUCAAGGAGUUUGAGGUUCCGGUCAACUCGGAGCUGGCUGCCAAUCUCAAGAACAGAGAAGAGGCGGAGAAAGCAGAGAAACAAAGAAUGAAAGAAUUAACUCUACACAUCAAUGAGAGACAAGAGGAGGAAGACUAUGAAGAAAUGUUGGCCAGUAUGCAGAGACCAGCAAUGAGUGUGCCUCAGACUGGCAAGUCUCGUUUCCACCAUCCCAAGGGGGCACCAAACACGGAGCAAAUAUUCAACGCCAAGGGUAAUAGGAAGUGGUAGAGGAAAUGCCAGGAUAACCUU